AUGGAGUCUGAAUUCAUCGAGUCAUUCAAAAGCUUCAUAGAGUCUUAUCGUACACCUCAAGAUAGAGACAUUGCGGAAGUUAUUGCAAAGCUUCCAUAUGAGGACCACCAAAGGAUUAUUUUGAACAUAAAUGAUAUGCGUGCGUUUGAUAAGGCGCUUGCAAAAGGGAUCAUGGAAGAGCCUACAACCUUGGUUCCAUUUGCUGAGGACGAGCUGAGUGGCAUUGGGGGAAGAAAGAUAUUCCUUGGCAUCAAAGGUUCUUUUGGAGAAUACACUCUCAAUCCCAGGACUCUAUCAAGUAUCUAUAUAGGAAAGAUGGUUUGUAUUGAAGGGAUAGUAACGUCCUGCUCGAUAUGCAGGCCUAAGGUUAUGAAGAGUGUUCAUUAUAAUCCAUCAAAGAAUGUAUUCUAUUCGAAGGAAUAUAGAGAUUCUACCAUGGUGACGAAGCUUCCUGUUACCAAUACGGUAUAUCCGACAAGGGAUGUGGAUGGAACUCUUUUAGUGACUGAGUUUGGGCUUUCAGAAUAUUUUGACUACCAGACCGUUGUCUUACAGGAGAUGCCAGAGAAGGCACCGCCAGGGCAGCUCCCAAGGUCUGUGGAGGUUAUAUUGACGUUUGAUUUGGUUGACAAACUCAAACCUGGGGACAGGGCAAAGAUCUAUGGAAUAUACAAGAGUCUCUGCUAUGGAGGGCAGCAGUUUCCCUCCCGGUUCAAGACUGUGGUGAUUGCAAACAACAUAGAAAAGACUAAAGAGGAAGAGGAAAGAGAUGUUGUGCCAGAAAUUGAGUUUGAGAAGUUAUCGGGGAUGAAGAACAUUCACCAUUCGAUUGCACCCAGCAUAUUUGGACACGAUAUUAUCAAGAAGUCUAUAGCUUUGCUUUUGGUUGGGGGAAAUGAAGUGAUAAUGAAGAACGGAAGUAAAAUCCGCGGAGACAUUAAUAUCUUGCUUGUUGGAGAUCCAUCGACUGCAAAGAGUCAGCUACUCAGGUAUGUUCUCAAUGCAGCACAGCUGUCUGUUGCAACUACUGGAAAGGGGUCUAGCGGGGUUGGUUUGACUGCUGCGGUGGUUUUAGACAAAGAUACAGGAGAGAAGAGACUAGAGGCUGGGGCGAUGGUACUAGCGGACAGGGGAGUUGUAUGUAUUGACGAGUUUGACAAGAUGAGCGAUGGAGAUAGGGUUGCCAUUCAUGAAGUGAUGGAGCAGCAGACAGUGACGAUAGCAAAGGCAGGGAUUCACACUACGCUGAAUGCUAGAUGUUCUGUUCUAGCGGCAGCCAAUCCAGUGUGGGGGCAGUAUAGAGAGUCAAGGCCUCCCCAGGACAAUGUAAGGCUACCCGAAAGCUUACUGACUCGAUUUGAUUUGAUAUUUGUGACUCUUGAUAAAUCCAAUGCAGAUGCUGACCAGCUAAUUUCUGAGCAUGUACUAAGGAUGCACAUGCUGGCUCAAGGAUAUGAAGAGGAGGGAAUGGGAAUUAAGCAAGACUUAUUCAGAGCAUACAUCCAGCAUUGCAGACAAAAGAGACCUGUUCUUUCGAGAGAAGCAGCGAGACUUAUAGUAAGGGAGUAUACUUUGCUGAGGCAAACCAAAGACAGAAAGGAGCAAAUUGUCUCCAUCACGCCUAGAAUGCUGGAGACGAUGAUUCGUCUUUCCACUGCGAAUGCAAAGCUAAGACUGAGCGAUGUGGUUGAAUACGACGAUGCAGAAUGUGCUGUGAAUUUGAUCAAGGACUCUCUAUUCCAAAAAGUUAUCAAGCCUGGAAAAAGAAUCAAAGUUGUGGCCUCUGAAGAAAAGGACGAGUUUGAUCUGGUUGAUGAGAAGGGAACCUUGAAGCAGCGUCUAGAAGCAACCAUGGUUGAUGAAGACAAAGUUAGCUUUGUGAGCCAUGCACUUUACGACUAUAGCGCAGACCCUCAGAACCCUAGGAUCUUGGAGAUCGAUGAUUUCAUGAAAUAUCUUGGGACGGAUAUGAGUGUAACAGAGAAAGAGGUGGAGUCUAUCCUUACAGGAUUAGCAGAAAAGGACCUUAUUCUGUUUGAAAAUGGGAGAAUAUAUCUGCUAAAUUGA